CAACACCUGUUGAGGUUUGGCCCUUUCCCCCUCAUUAAUUAGUUGCUUCUCAGCCUUCUGUGUUUUAGGUCCUCAGCUUCCCCCUGCACGCCUCUCUGUGCAGUGCUUCGUCUUUUGUUCCAAUGGCGUGUAGAGCGCAUUGGGGCUCUAAGAUUUUACUGUAUUUGGGACUUGUCCUGGUUGCGAGUACGUUUUGCCAAUGCUCCGAACUGACCAGGUGGAAGGCAUCGAUCAGAUCGAGACGCAACGCCACGUUGAGUCAAAGCGGGGACAAAAGCAACGCCGUCUACGGUGGAAGACUCUUAAUCUUUCAACAAGAAGUCGGAGGCCACACCAGACCCUCAAGUGACGACCUGGAUGUGGAUUCCGAUUACCAAGCAGACAUGGGGUGGGACGUGUCCAUGCAGUCCAGUGGUCCUGCAGGUUUCUUCAGACCAGACCAGAGAAAUGUGAGGCAGCUCCUUCAGAUGGAUCCUAAAGUGGAAUGUACUGCUGACUCCAUGAAGCUUCAGGUCCAAGAUACUCCUUCCACUCCAGGAUCCUUGAUAUUGGUUGACAGGGGGAGUCUAUCCCCUCUGCCUCUGUCCAUGCUGCCACAAAGCUGUGGUUACACCAUCGGGUCCACACCGAGCGGUACGGUCUUGGUCGCUCCUUACAACGGCUGCUUUGUCACUCUUCAGGAGGAUAGUUAUGUACUGCCAUUACUUUGGUGGGGGCUUCCUGUGAGGAUGACUUGCCCGUUGAUGGGACGGUCUUCAAACACACCGAUGGUCACCUGCCAUGCUGCGGGCAUGUUUGUCAAAUUUGAGCGGGUUCCCUAUGCCUCCGACAUUAAAAUAAAGUUGAAUGGCACCUGGGAGGGGUUGAUUACUGCAGCACCCAAAUGUAGGAUCAGUGUAGUUGAACAUAAAGGUGUGACCAUCUUUGUCCGCUAUGAUCCCUGUGUGGAGAAGGAGGAUGGACUGUACACCGUUUUAUUGGCGGGACAAGGAGAAACUAAGGUUUCCUGUCCAUCAAUGACCCAAGGUCAAUCUAAACCCGCAAUAGGCCCAACACAGGCUCCAAAACAACCGCAAGCCCCAGGUGAUGAGUUGUAUCCCCCUCACCCAGUCUAUCCUUCACCUUCAAAUCCACACAGACCUGUGGAAAAUCCCAUGCCUGUUCCCUACCAGUUUCAACCUGGGGUACCUCCUGUACCACAGGCUGAAAAUGAACCAGAUACCAAACCCGUGCCUGCCCUACAGUACCCCAAACCACAACAACCUGAAGUUAUUCCAGGUCAUAUUCACAAGCCUGACCAUUUGUACCCCUAUCCACUUUACCCUAUGCCUAGUCCUGGAGCAGACCUUGACAAAAAACCCAUGCCUGUUCAACCUGAAGUUCCUCCAGGUCAUGAGAAUCCGCCAUUGUAUCCCUUCCCUAUGCCAUGGCCAGGAAAUAAACCAAAUCAAGUUGCCAAACCAGUUCCUUCUCCACAGCCCCCUAAACCACAACCUGAGGUUUUACCAGGUCAUAUCCCUCACCCAGUCUAUCCUUCACCUUCAAAUCCACACAAACCUGUGGAAAAUCCCAUGCCUGUUCCCUACCAGUUUCAACAUGGGGUACCUCCUGUACCACAGGCUGAAAAUGAACCAGAUACCAAACCCGUGCCUGCCCUACAGUACCCCAAACCACAACAACCUGAAGUUAUUCCAGGUCAUAUUCACAAGCCUGACCAUUUGUACCCCUAUCCACUUUACCCUAUGCCUAGUCCUGGAGCAGACCUUGACAAAACCCCCAUGCCUGUUCAACCUGAAGUUCCUCCAGGUCAUGAGAAUCCAUUUUAUCCCUUCCCUAUGCCAUGGCCAGGAAAAAACCCAAAUCAAGUUGCCAAACCAGUUCCUUCUCCACAGCCCCCUAAACCACAACAACCUGAGGUUUUACCAGGUCAUAUCCAUAAGCCUGUUUAUCCUUACCAAUAUCCACUUUACCCACUAAUUAACCCUAUAGAGGACCCUGACAAAAAACCCAUGCUUGCUCCAUCAAAACAACCUGAAGGUCCUCCAGGUCCAGAGAAGCCAUUGUACGCCUUCUUCGACAUGCCAUGGCCUGAAAAAAAACCUGGGGUACAACUAGGUCAAGAUGUAGAACCAGCCUAUCCCAAUUCAUUUUACCCUGUAACACUUGAUGAUAAACCCGUUGUACCCCCUCUUCUACAGCCACAAAAACCUGGUACUCAGACCAGUCAGACUGAACAGCCGCUACCUGAAAUGAAUCCUAAUCCUAAACUGCAAGACCCUGAAAUUUCACAGGGUGAAGAGCAUCAGCCAGUCCACCCUUAUUCUUUUGACUCCUUAUCAGGGUCUGAACCUAAACCAAUGGACAAGCCUAUGCCAGCUCUACAACAACCUGAGUGUCCUCCAGGUAACGUGCUUUGCAAGUACCCAUAUUCACCGUAUCCUUUGCCUGGCCCUGAACCAUCUAAAAAGCCGAUGCCACUUGAACCAAAACAACCUGAGGUUCCUCCGUGUAAACAGCAGCAGCCAGCCUAUCCACACCUCUAUCCAUUCGACCCUGUCACAAACCCUAAAGAACCAGGCAAAAAGCCAUUGCCUAAUCCAUGGCCGUUCCAGCAUAAGGUGCCACUGAGUUAUGUGGAGAAGCCAGUCUACUCCUUCUUUAUAACAGAGCCUGAAAAUAAACCAGUUACCAAACCUGUACAACAUCCACAGCCUCCCAAACAACCAAAGCCUGAAUUGCCUCCAGAUCAGGACCAGCAGGCUUAUUAUCCAUAUACCUAUCCAGUCUACCCUGUACCCCUUUCUGAAGAGAUUUCCAAAAAUCCAAUACCUUCUCAGCAAUCUGACCCAAAACAACCUGAACUGCCUCUGGGUCAUGCAAAGAAUCCAGUCAACCCCUAUCCUUAUUUUCCAUUUAACUCUGUACCAGUUAUCAAGCCCCCACUUGCUCCACAGGCACCGCAACAGCAGAAGCCUAAGGUUCCUGGGAAAACAAUUCAGGGACAAGUCCACAUGUCCUUUCAAUCUCAAAUACCACAAAUCUCAGAUAGUGAAACAUAUUCUAAUACACAUUUCACUGAGAAGCCUGAAGAAAGUGAAAAACGUUUACCUGUCAAACCUCUACAUAGUCAGAAACCCCAAUGGCAUCCUCUACCACCAUAUUCUCCAAACAAGCACUCCCAACAGGUUAAAAGCCCUGCGCAGUCUGCUAAAGGGGAAGCGUCCCUUCAUGGUUCAACACAUGGUUGUGUUAAGUUUUGCACUACUGGUUAUUCAAAUUGCUGCCCACAGAUUGCUUUUCAUCAACAUCUUUAUCAUCUUACCCCUUCUGAUCCAGAUGGUAAAGUGAUUGGUGGGAUCUCCCAGGGAUUUCCAUAUGUUGCCUCUGUGACUUAUGGCCUUGGAGAUGAUAUUAGUCACACCUGGCCUGCUCAAAAACCACAUGACUCUGUCCUUCCCUCCAGUCACUCGUUGACAUACGAAAGUCAAAAACACCACCACCAGCUACCAGGUGGCAACCCGGCAUUAUUAGGAAGUAAUCCCAUCAAGGCAGCAGCUCCUGAGAUACCAAUUCCCCCUUUUGUUCCUGACCCCAAUGUGUAUUUUUCCAGUUGGCCAUAUGAGACUGAACAUUCUCCACAAGGCCAAUCAUCACCUCAGGUUGCGCCUCAGUUCGGUUUUCAGAAUCCGUUUCAUGUCCCUGUCAAACAUGGCGGGCAAAAUCAAAAUGGCGCCAUAAGUAAUUCACCCGAUUUAGGUGCUAUGUCUUAUAUUACCAAACUACUUCAGCAGCACCAACACGCACAUCAAAUGCCAACUCCCAUGGACCUGGAAAGACCUUCCCCUUCACAAACUCAGGGUGAACUUGGUCCUUUGCCUCCCUACGCAAUGCUUAAAGAUGAAGAAGCAGCUGCAAAUACUUCAUCAGUCCGAAACUACUUUCCGCAUUCAUCACUUCUAAAAAGAAGGAAAUCCUCCAAACGUGACUCGUAUGAACCAAAAGGAUACAUGCUACUACAACGUGGUCCACCAGGUAAAACGCCUGGUGCUUCGGAGUCGGAACAGAAAAUCCAGACAGUGGCUGUUGACCAAACUGUCCCUGCCCAACGUUUUGCAAGGAAACCACAACAUCGGAUAUUGCUAGGGAAAGAACUGGCCAAGCCUUCCAACGAUGACUCAAAAUCCAACAAACAUACCAGUCUGCCGUAUGUCCCUGUAAAAGUAUCAAAAGUCAAGAGAUCAGUGGCUGACAGGCUUGGACUGGGCCAUCGCAGUGACGGAGGAUCCGAACGGAAUAAGCCAAAAUGACAUGCAUUCAUUGUACAACUAUUUAAUUUGACUGCCAAACUCACAAAAACAUGCUCUGUUUGUUAUUAAAUCAGUAAGUACAUCA